CAAAGACGAGAUUGGUGACACGGCUUGGUGCCCAACACAAUGAAAAUGAAAGCACCUUGCAAACGAAUGAAUUCAAGUCCUUAGUGGAUCGUAUGUCAUGCCUGGUAGCAACCAUGACAGCAGCAUCGGUUGUUUUGUUUUCUUCCAGCACGGCAAUGAUGGCUCCUGCACUUCCUGCCUUCGCUGAUACAACAGACACAGAUUUCACGAUAGUUGCUACGACAACGUCUGAGAAAGAACAAGAAAGUAUGCUUCUAAAGGGAGUUUCCCAGAAAGAAAUUGCGCGAAGAGCCGCGGAACAAAGAAACGGAGACUUCUCCUCGUCUGUGAUCGACGAAGUGUGGACCCUCCUAAGCAAUUAUUACAUCGACCAAUCUUUCAACUCCCAGGACUGGAACAAAGUGAGAGAGAAGGUGGAAUCGAAGGGAGUAAAGGUAAACUUUAAUGACAACAAGUCAAUGAAAAUUGUGACGGAAAUGGUUCAAUCCCUCGGCGACAAGUACACAAGGGUUCUGGACAAGGACCAGUACGCCGCGAUUCAAAAGUUCGACCUCAUCGGAGUCGGAGUCACAUUAAUGCCCAACUCCCAAAAGGAUAUCAUCAUCGGCGCUCCUCCUAUUGCUGGGUCAGCCUCCGACAAGGCUGGCCUGAAAAUGGGAGAUUAUGUGACGGCCGUCAACGGGAUUCCCACCCGUGGUAGAAACGCAUUUGAUAUUAUCGAUCAGAUUGGAGAAAAUCCUAACGCAAAACAAGUCUCGUUCUCGAUAUUGCGCGACAAGGGUCCUAGCACAAUAGACUCUAUCGGGAACCCCCAAUCGGCUGAUAACUUUGUGGUUACAUUGGAGCGACAAACGAUGGAAGUCAAGGAUCCGGUCCAAUUCAAGAUUUCCGAGACACGAUCCGACGGAACAAGUAAGUAUUAUUGUGUUCAAACCUUCAUAUUUCAAGCAUUUAUGAUUAACCUAGAUGUUCCCAAUAUCUUUCUUCCUUCGUUUACUCGUCUGAUGUUUCUCUAAUUCACUCUCCGCAAAAAAUUGGCAUCGGUCUUUAACUGCUUUUGGCUAUCGAUUGUCAUGCACAACAAUUUUCCAUCGUUUGAUAUUGCACUGUGCAUACAUAUAGAGGUCGGUUAUGUGCGCGUUUCGGAAUUCAACUCACUAGUCAAUUCUUCUCUCCAACAUGCUCUGUCUGAGCUAAAUAAGGAGGGGGCAAACGCUUACGUUAUGGAUUUAAGGGGUAAUACGGGCGGGGCAUUCCAGUCGGCGAUUGAGAUUUCCGGAUUGUUUUUGCGGGACCGAGUCGCGACCUAUGUGGUGGAUAGCAACCAGGUAGAGUUACCCUUUCGAACCCCUAAGCUGCAGGACCUCUCGAUCGACCCAGAAACUCCGAUGGUGGUAUGGAUCGACGGACUGAGCGCUUCUGCAUCGGAAGUCCUAGCGGGCUCCCUCCACGACAAUUGUCGGGCCGUCACUAUGGGCGACAAGAGCUUUGGGAAAGGCCUUAUACAGGCAGUGUAUGGUCUGAAGAACGGCGCAGGGUUAGUCGUAACGGUGGCCAAGUACAUAACACCCAGCGGGUCUGAAAUCCAGGGACUGGGGAUCACACCUGAUGUUUUACCUCUUGGUAAGAAUAUGCCGGCACCGGUGUAUGUGCCCGUACUGAGCACAGAUACGAGCAAGAUCGACUGGCGAGAUGUGAGGGAGCGAUUGAGUUCCAAGUUCUGCUCUGUGCCCGAGGACCGUGUCCCAGCCAAGACGCCCACCGGAGCUGUGGCAGAGGCUGCUUUGUAACAUGAUUCCUGACUACAACGCCUGCUUACUCGCGCAGUA